AUGGCGACGGCCAUCGGCCGCAGCUGCGAGAUCAACCUGGCGUUCGAGAACUACGCCGACGUCCACCCGGGCGCGGAAAUCUGCCGCGGCGCGCAGAGCCGCGUGCUGCACGGGACCAUGACGCUGCCCUCGGACGCGCCCGUGAAGCCCGACGGCGCCGGCGCCGUCCCCGUGGCCAUCAAGAAGGCCGUGAUGGCGUCCAGCGAGGACCUCGAGCGCUACCGCAUCGAGCUCAAGGCCAUGGCGUCGCUCUCCCACCCCAACGUGCUCCGCCUGCUGGGCGCCCAGGCGCUCCCGCCGAACUACACGCUCGUCCUCGAGUUCGCGGCCGGCGGCAGCCUCGAAAACGCCCUCCACGCAGCCGGGUGGCGCCCCGGGCCCCGCGACGCGGUCUCCGUCGCCCUGCAGCUCGCGAGGGCCCUGGCGCACGUCCACGCGGCCGGGCUCGUCCACCGCGACGUCAAGCCCGCCAACGUCCUGCUCUCCGAGCCCCGCGACAGCCGCGGCAGCGGCGCCCCGGAGGUCAAGCUCACGGACUUUGGUCUCGCGGAGUCGGCGGAGAAGCUCGCGCGCGAGGCUGCGGACCUGACGUCGCGCCUCAAGGCCGGGAUGCCGUCCGGGGGGUUCCACAAGAAGCACAUGGUCGGCACGCUGCAGUACAUGGCCCCGGAGGUCCUCAUGAAGUCGGGCCCGCACUCCCCCGCCGCGGACAUGUACGCGUGGGCGGUCGUAGCCAACGAGGUCCUGAGCGGGGUUGUGCCGUUCAGCGACUGCACGAAGGAGAACCCCGCGGCGCACACGGUGCUCGAGAUGGGGUACGGGCAGCAGGAGCUGGCCGCGGCGGUGUGCGGCGAGGGCCUGCGCCCGCUCCCCGCUGCGUCGACGCCGCCGGCGCUGCAGGCCCUCUUGGACCGCUGCUGGGUCGCGGACCCGGCGCAGCGGCCGGCGGCCGCGGAGGUCGUGGCGACGCUCGAGGAGCUGCUCGAGCGGCUCCCGGCGGACCACCGCGCGAGCACGGAGCACGAGGAGGCGAUGACCCUCCCUGGGGAGUCGAGUCAGGGCGCGAGCGUGACCGAGGCGGCCGCGGAGGGCGAGGCCGCGCGGGCCGUCGCGCCUGCCGGUCCGUGGCCCGCCGCGCCGUGGGCGGAGGGCCCCGCGGACGGCGCGGUGCGGAUGGGGCUGUUCACGACGGCGGGCAAGCGCGAGAAGAUGGAGGACGCGGGGACGGUGGUGUCGCCGCUCGGGGGGCUCGCCGGGGUGCACAUGAUGGCGGUCUUCGACGGACACCGCGGGGCGUACGCGGCGGAGCGCGCGGCGGCGGACAUCGAGGCCUACUUGCACCGCUCGUGGACCGCUCCGACCGCGGAGGAGUGUCUGCGGCGCGCCUUCGUCGCCCUCGACGCCUCGAUCUGCUCCGACCUCGCCCGCCAGCACGCAGAGAAGGUCGCGUGCAUGGGCGCCCCCGCCGCGGGCCCCAAGGCCUGCCCUGGCUGCACCGCGAUGGCCGUGCUCGUCGCGGGCCCGCGUGUGUACGUCGCGAACGCGGGCGACUGCCGCGCGGUCCUGUGCCGCGGCGGCCGCGCCGUCGCAAUCUCCCGGGACCACUCGACACAGUCCGAGGCGGAGCGGGAGCGCAUCACGGCGUGCGGCGGGAAGCUUGAGUGGCUGGUGGACGGGUGGCGCGUGGGCGCGCCCGGGCUGCAGGUCACGCGGUCGCUCGGGGACCCGGACGCGAAGCCCGACGGCGUGACGGCGGUGCCGGAGGUGACGUCGACGGCGCUGGAGGCGAGCGAUGAGUUCGUGAUCGCUGCGAGCGACGGGCUGUGGGAGGUGCUGACGAACGAGGAGGCGGUGGGGAUCGUGCGCGACACGGUGCGGGACCCGGGGAUGUGCGGGCGGCGGCUGGCGAUGGAGGCUGUGUCGCGGGGGUCGGGCGACAACGUGUCGGUGGCGGUGGCGUUCCUGGGGGGCGCGGCGGCGGGGGGCACGGCGCAUCAGGUGUUCGACGAGACGCGCGGGGAGCUGCACCCGGUGCAGGCGACGCCGGCGGGGAGCCGCGGGGUGGCGACGGGCGCUGCGGGCGGGAACAACAUGGCCGCGGACGAGGUGAUGGACUUCUGCUACUGA